ACACUGUAACAGUGGGGGAGAUAGAGAAAGAGAGAGAGAGAGAGAGAGAGAUGGCCAACUUUACACCAUCCUAUUAAAGGGAUCCGCCAGUGUGGUGUGUAGAGCAACUUGCAGCACGAACUCAAACAAGGCUUUGAAGUGCUGAAAGAGCAGUGAACUGCAUUAGGAGCUGGAUCUGUGCUGAAGCCUGCAAACAUGAUUGCCACCACACAGCAGAACAUGACAACGGAGCUGCAGGACCUUGGCAGCACGGUUGGACCUCCUCGGAACUGGAAGGGAAUUGGGAUCGCCAUGGUGGUCAUCUUGGGGGUCAUGUCUCUGGUCUCCCUCUCAAUUUUUCUGCUCACACCUGACGAGUCUCACCUCCUGCUGCUGUCUCGUCUCACUCUGGAGAACCUGGAGAGCGAGGAUUUCAGAGUUCAUGACCCAUGUGCGACGUGGCUAAAUGAGAACGAGGUGUCACUUUGCACACGGGAGGGUCACGUUCUAAUCCACAGUCUCAGCACCAAUCUAACCACCACGCUAUUGGACAACAGCACCCUGGAUCUGAAGUCCAUGAGGUUCCAGGUUUCAGCUGAUAAGAAGUUCAUCCUGAUGGCUUAUAAUAUCCAACAUGUAUUCUCACAGUCCUUCACAGCAUCCUUUGCAAUCUUCACAGUGGCCAGCGGGGAGAUUACAGACCUCACCCCGUCAGAGGAGGAUACAUCUGUACUUCAGUAUGCAGCAUGGGGACCUCAAGGGAACCAGCUGGUCUAUGUCUUUGAAAAUGACAUCUACUACAAGCCAGAUGUUUCUAGCAGAGCCAUGCGUCUGACAGCCACGGGCAGGAAUGGAAUGGUGGUUAAUGGACUGUCUGAUUGGACCUAUGAGGAAGAGAUACUUCUGAAGUACCCUGCGUUCUGGUGGGCCAAAGACGGCGCGCGCCUGGCGUAUCUGUCUAUUAACAACUCAGCAACUCCUUUUAUGGAGAUUCAUCACUUCCUGGGCGGGAUCUACCCUUCUAAUGUCCUCUACCCGUAUCCGAAGGCGGGUUCCAGAAUCCCAUCAGUCAGUCUGUUUGUGGUGAAUUUAUAUGGUCCAGCACACACAUUAGAGAUGAUUCCUCCAGACUCCCACAACAGCAGAGAUAGCUACAUCUCUAUGGUGAGCUGGAUAAGCAGCACGCGUCUGGCUGUGCGCUGGUUAAACCGUGUCCAGAACCAGUCUGUGCUGUGUGUUUGUGAGGCUACGACAGGAGCCUGCUCAGAGAGGCACCAAAUGGCGAUGGACUUCUGGCACAACAACCAGCGGCAGGAGGAGCCGUUGUUCACGGCAGAUGGUUCCCUGUUUUACCUCAUCCUGCCUGCCAAGCAAGGAGCCCGUGGGGAGUUUCACCACAUUGCCAGCCUCCCCGCUCAGACUUCCACUCCUUCGGUUUCUCCUCGCUUUCUAACAUCAGGGAACUGGGAUGUAACCUCACUGUGCGCCCUUGACGAGGAGAACGAUAAAAUCUAUUUUCUGAGUACGGAGGAGUCGCGGCAGAGCAGACACUUAUACAGCGUGGAGCUCGGAGGAGUGUUUCAUCGCCAGUGUCUCACAUGCAACCUGUUCGAGCGAUGCAGCUUCUUUAAAGUAGACUUCAGUCCCAAUCAGACAUAUUUUACCCUCUAUUGCUUGGGCCCAGGUGUCCCAAAGGUAACCAUUCACAGCACAAGUGACCCUUCCCGAUACACAGUGGUGGAAGACAACAGCCUCCUCGCUGUGUCUCUUGAAACCAAGAGGCUCUCAGAGACGGUUUUCCAGACGCUUUCCUCUGACAACAGUGACCUAGAUAUGAAGAUUUCCCUGCCUCCUGGGUACGAGGGAAACCUGCACUCUCUCCUUAUUAUCAUUGACAGUAUUCCUGGGAGGCAGUCGGUAACGGAGGAGUUUGCCCUGGGCUGGCCGGAGGUUUUGUCCAGCCUGCAUGGAGUGGCACUGGCCUGGAUCGACAGCAGAAGCCAGGUCUCACAGGGACAGAAAAGCAGCACCCUGGACACUCGCAAGCUGGGUUCCCUACGCAUUAAAGACAAGCUUGGAGUAGUGGAAUGGUUAAUGCAGUUGCCGUACAUUGAUGGGAGAAGAAUAGCCGUUUACGGAAAGGGAUUUGGUGGCUAUUUAGGUUUGAAGAUGUUGACGGCAACCGAUCAGAUGUUCAAAUGUGCCGCUGUCAUGGCUCCCAUCACAGACUUCAAGCUCUAUAGUGCGGCUUUCUCAGAGAGAUAUCUAGGCCUUCCAGCUAAAGAGGAGCAUUCGUACAUGGCUGCGUCUUUGUUGGAUGACAUUCACAAGCUAAAAGAUGAAAACUUCCUCCUCGCACACGGGACUGCAGAUGCACGGGUACAUUUCCAACACAGCGCCGAGUUGUUGAGUCGUCUGGUGAAGGUUGAGGCCAACUACACCCUUCAGCUGUACCCAGACGAAGGCCAUUCCUUAAGAGAAGAGCGGAGUAGCCAACACCUGCACCGUACACUCCUUCACUACCUCCAAAACUGCCUCAAAUACGACCCCUUCCUCGCCAUAGAGGAGGAAGAGGAGGACGACGAAGAGGAAGAGUGACCUCUUUCACUGUGUACGCUCUCGGUCCUCAGAGGUGCCCGAUGCUGGUGUCUAACUUCAGGAUGUGUUAUUUCACCAAAGGAAAAAAUGAGUGAAUUGGAGAUCAAGAGGACCAAAGUCACCAGCUACUGUAUUUACCACAAACUCAAAUUGGGGAUGUUUUUAGUUUGUUUGUUUUUGUUCCGACUGCGACCGUUAAUGUUUCCUGAGCGUACAGUUUUCAAGUAAAAUCACGCAUGGUAUUAAGUCUAAAGGAUCCCAUGCAAUCAACAUUUCAAGUCAGUUUAUGUGUAAAAUGGGUAAAAGAUGCAUGUUGCUCAGCCUUGAUAUUGCAGCGCCACCCUGUGUUCAAAGAUAGAACAAAUGACCAUGGUUUACAGAUUCAGUGUUGUUGUUGUUUACUAAAACUAUUAUUUAUUUAUUAGAAUAAAUAUUAGGUUACAUAAAAAAACGUAAAAUCUUGACUGAAAAUUAGAAAUGUUUCCUUGACUACUAAUGGAAAUACUAAUAAAAGUUGCAGUUAUAAAAAACUACAAUUUUAAUAAUACAAAUUAAACUUUUUUUAAUACUAAAAAAUAAAUUAAAGCUAAAUAUAAAUAUUUCAAAAGGUAAAAAGCACAUCAA